AAAAAGAAAACAUGCAAUUUGAGCAGGCAUAGCAGAGAUAAAUUCCAGGAGAGAUUGGAUUUCAAAUUCUAUGAUUUCCACGCUCUGGAGGUUUUUUUUUUUUUUUUUCUAACUCUACUUCUUAGUAUUAAAAAGGUUCAUGCUUACUUACUACUACUAUUAUUAUUAUUAUGUUGCAGAUAGAAAAAGGGUGGAACAAUCUUUUUGUUUCCAUUAUUUCUAUAGAAACAGGAGAAACUAUAGCCAAGUCUGGCAAAGCAUCAGUACAAAAUGGGAAGUGUCAUUGGGAAGAUUCUAUGCUAAGUACCAUGUGGAUUUCUGAGGAUCUUUUACAACACAAUGAAAGCUUCCUCCUUAAACUCGUUGUUGCCAUGGGAUCUGCGAGAUUUGGGACUCUUGGGGAGGCUAUCAUUAAUUUAGCAAGUUACAUUAGAUCAGAAGUGAGUACUGCAUCAUUGCCUUUGAGACAAUGUUCCCAUGGGACAACCUUACAAGUUAAAAUUCAAUGUUUGACCCCCAGAAGCAAACACAGGAAGGGAGGAAAUUCAUUUGUGGAAGAAAUGAGUGUUUGUUCUGAUGAUGACAGCAUAUCUGAUGUAUCUGACAAUACAUUCAGCAGGACUAGUGGAUCUCCAUAUUGGGACUAUUUAGAAAGUACACAUCAUCGAAGAGAACUUAGCAGUAAGAGAUUAAGUCCACUGGCAACAUGUUCAGAUCACGAUACUGGGAGCUCCUUGUCCUUCUGGAUCGGGAAGCUCCCCCAACAAAGCAAUGUCAGUGGAUUGAAGAAGAAUAUGAAUGAGAGACAAGAUUCAACUUACUCUGAAAAUAGCCACUAUCCAUUAUAUGAUACCUCCGGAUCAAUACAUUCAUCAUCUCCAGUAACCUCAAGUUCGGGGACACCGCUUCAAGGUAAAAUUGAAGAGUUUGGGAAAGUUUCACAUGCCAGCGACACGACGUUGACAAGGAGUGUUGGUUCAUCUAAAGAUCUUCUGGGUGUGGCACAAGUAACCAUUGAUUUACUUCAUGGUGAAGCAAAGAUGUGGGAAGAAAAUGCUACAAAGUUGAUGGUUGAUGUGGAGAGACUGCAAAAGCAUUUAAACAAGAAAUCGAAGAAUAAAAAAGAACUGGAAAUGGAGUUGUCAGCAUCACGCAAAGAGAUUGAUGCACUGAAGGAUGAAAUUCAACUACUAACCUCAGCGAUAAAGAAAAAUGACAGCAGAAAUCUUAAGCUCCAGAUCGAAGAGAUGGAUAAUACAAUAAAGGAGUUGAAGGAUGAGAUCAAGUAUCAGAAAGGACUUAAUUGUGACUUGGAGUUGAUAAAGCAAACACAGGAGUCAAAAAUUGAUCUAGUUUCCAUCCUACAGAAACUAGAAAAGAUAAAAGAAAAGCAGAGAAUGAAGAUUGCUGGUCUAUCAAUGAAUUGCUUGCCGUUUCAAGAUGUUGACUUUAGUAGCUGUGUGCCUGAAGACAGUGAGGAAGAGGAUUUUAGUUUAAGCAAGGAAGUGCUACCAGAGAAAAUGAAAAAGGAGUUUUGUCAUUCAGAUAUUGAUCUUGGCACUUAUGAAAAUGCAAUAAGAUGCCUGCAUGAAGGGAUUGAACUACAGGAAUUCCGGAACUUGGAACUUGAGCACCAACGUAUGCAGGAGAAGCACAGAAAUUUGGAAAGUACUAUCCAGUUUCUGGAGAAAACUCUGAACGACAAAGAUAAAGAGAUGCAAACUGCAAGAUGUUUUAUGGCUCAAACAUUAGAAGAAAAUGAGGCAAAAUGGAAGAGUAGGCUGUUUGAGAAAGGAAAACAAAUCAUCAACUUUGAAAAGAAGUUGUCUGAUGGUGUUUAUGCUUUUGGCAAUGAAAUCUUAUCUUUAACACAAAGGUUGCAAGAUCUUGAAGCUGAAUAUUGUGAGAAACAAGGAGAGUCCAGAAAGAAUCUGAUAAUUUCUAGUUCCUUUUCUUCUAACUUUCCACUCUUUUGCUCUGAUAGUAGUACUACCAACAUCAUUGAAGUGUUCCUUGAGUUAUAUAAGAAGCUGCAGCUUUCAGUAGAAAAACUGAGGGAUCAAGAGAAUCUUCUGAGUCAAAUGACAUUAACCAAGAAUGAGAAUUGUUUCAGUAUAUCAGAUCUCUCAAAAGAUGUGGGAAAAAUAGAUUUAAAGGAAUUGUCUGAAGCAAUCCUAUGUACCAUUAUCCUGUUGAAGAAGUUGCUUGAAACAAAAACUUCUUCCUUUGAGUACAAGAUUAAUUCUCAAGAUGAGUUAGUUGGGAGAAAAAUCAGAGAUGAUAAUGUAUAUCAGAAUGAAGUUAGAGAUUGCAGUGUAUGGGAAAAUAUAUUCUGCAUUUCUUGUCAGGAAUUGAGAAAUAUGCAGGAAAAAUUGAUGUCUCAUCUUCCACCAGAGACGAAAAAUCAACAGGUUGAAUCUGCAGAGACGAACAAGCUGAAAUCUCACAAUAUGCCAGGGAAGGAGAAAACCUGUCUAAGGUAUUCCAAGUUACAACUGGAAACUGAAGUUGCUUAUUUGCAAUCCAAAAUUUCUUCAAGUUGCUCAGCUGAUUUUCCAAACGAUGAAAGGGUGAUUAGCUUAGAAGCUGAAAUGAGACAUUUGAUUGAAGAAAAGGAGUCGACUCAUUUGGCACUGAAGAAUACUGAAAAUGUUGUAAAAAAUCUCCAGGAUGAGAUCAGAAGAAUGGAAGGAUUGAAUGAGGCACGAGAAGUUGAAUUGAAAAGAAAGGAGGAAAGCAUGCAGAAAAAAUGGAAAGAAGCUCAAGAGGAGUGCAGCUUUCUGAAAGUAGCCAACUUAGAAUUACAAGCUACAAAUGAAGAAUUGAUUGAAGAAUCUAAAACUCUUCAAACAACAAAUGAUGAGUUAAGAAUGCAAAAUUUGGACUUGCAUGGCCAAUGUACAGUAUUAGAUUCUAAACUGGGGGAAUCACAUAUUGCAUUUUCUGAUAUGUUGAAACUAAUUGAAGAAUUGGAAUACAAAUUUACUUCAAUGCAGGAAGAAAUAGCUUUGAAAGAAAAAACCAUUAAUGUAGAUCUAGAUUCCAUUCUUGAGGAAAGCAGAAAGCAAGAAGAAAGGUUCAUUAUUGAAGAGAAAUUGUUAACACAGACGAAUUUAGAAAAAACAACUGAGGUAGGUUACUUGCAGAGAGAGGUUGAACACUUAAGAGACCAGAUCUCUUGUAUCUGUGAUAGACACAAGACGAUGGCUUCUAAUACUGUACUUGAGGUCUAUGAUUUAUGUGCUGAUAAAGCUAUGAUUGAAGCUGCUCUUCAACAAGAACAGGAGAAAGGAAGGCUACAGCAAGCCAAACUUGAUAAUCUUCAAGCUGAAUACAAAGUCAUGAUGCAAAAUUACACCGAAGAACUGGCAGCCUCCAGGGCAAACCAAGAAACUCUUAAGGUUAAUUAUGAAAAAGUAGUUGCUUUGUUGGAUGACGUCAAAUCAAACGAGGAGAAACUGAAGGGUGCUGUUAGAGGGCUCGAAGCAGAAUUGAAAGCCUCUGAAAUAGAGAGGCUACAAGCAACUGAAGAAAUAUUUGAACUAGAAGUUCAACUUCAGAAAACAGAAAUGCUUCAAGAUGAAAUCUUUAUCCUUAAGAGAUCACUGUAUGAAGCAGAAUUUGAAUUCAGAAGAUUGGAAGCUUCAUAUCAGACGCUAUCCUUGGAGUUUGAGGAGCUGAAGGCCAAGAAUGCAUCUUACAUGGGAAGAAUCUCAACCACUGAGAAAGUUACAUCUGAGUUAGAGGACUGCAAGCGCAGUAAAAUUGAGUUUGAGGAACAAAUCCUACGGCUGCAAUGGAAUCUAAAAACAAAAGAAGCUUCUUGUCUCAAUAAUGCCCAGUUAAAGUAUGAAAUUGCCCAAAUGACAAAAGACAAUGCUGAGCUUCACAGGAAGAAAGAUUUUCUUCAACAAGAGAAUGAAGAGUACAAGAACAAGGUUAAAGAUCUUGAAGAAAGGCUGAAACAAAAGAAGGAUGUAAAAGAAGACCAUUAUGACGCCAAAGACUGCAGUACUUCUACCACUGCCCUACGUGAUUUGAACAUUUUUACAGGAACAGGAUAACUGAAGCAGUACCAAAUCUUUCUUUUCGUAACUUUGGUGAACCAUUCUCUUCGUUCCUUUUUCUGUACAAGACUGCAAGUCAUAACAAUGUAGCUGAUUUUAACUUUUCUUAAUUUCGAAAUCAUUAUUCUAUGGGUUUUCAAUCCAUAGAACCUAGCUUUCAGGUCCAAGAAAUUCCAUUCCUACUAGUUCUUUCUCCACUCCAUUUGCCACCAAUUAUGCCUGCGUUAUCUUGUUAAAAUUUCAUGUCAGCAACGCUUCACAGCAAAUCAGCAAUAACUAUUUAAUUGAAUUUAUCGAGAUUUACCGAAAUGCAAUGAUGAUUGUUGUACAAGUUAAACUAACAGGAAGCACUACUGUCACGCUUCCAAAAUUAAAUAACAAUA